AAAACACGCAGGAGCCGGCUAUAAAUACGGCCGCGCGCAGCGCGCACUCAGACAGAAAUCCCAGGGAAGGAACAGAUUAUUACAGAUUAUUUUACCUCUUACCUCUUGGUCUGCGUUUACCUCUCUCUGCAUUCACAGAGAAAUCCCAGGGAAGAGACACAACCUGAUUAUUCCUGAGACAUCUGCAGAAAUCACAGGAAUCUGCAGAAAUCCAAGGAAUCUGCAGAAAUCCCAGGAACGGAACAACCGGAGCGCAGGAACCUGAUUUCUACCUCUCAUUGCCUUUUUCUCCUGCACAUUCCACUCUCUCUGCACCAGAGAAUGUUUCCGGCUGGAUCGUUUGUGCAGCGCGACGUGGUGCCGGUGCUGCUGGUGUCGGUGCUGGUGUCGGUGCUGGUGUCGGUGUCGCUGGGCUCCCCGGUGCCGGAACCGGAGCCGGGCUCCCCGCCGGGGCUGAUCCGCUGCGCGCCCUGCUCCCCGGAGCGGCUGCUCCAGUGCCCGGCCGUGCCCCCCGGCUGCCCGGAGCCCCGCCGGCUCCCCGGCUGCGGCUGCUGCCUGGCCUGCGCCCUGCGGGCCGGCCAGCCCUGCGGGAUCCACACGGCGCCCUGCGGGUCCGGGCUGCGGUGCACGCCCCGACCCGGGGACCCGCGGCCGCUGCUGGCGCUCACCCGCGGACACGCGCUCUGCACGGAGGUCCCGGAGCCGGAGACCGGUCUGGAGCCGGAGCCGGAGACCCGGACCACGGGAGAUCAGGGAGACCUGCAGGCCGGGAACUCGGCCGUCCUCCCGGACCCCGGAUCCAGCCUCCCCGAAUCCAGCCUCCCCGGAUCCAGCCUCCCCGGAUCCAGCCUCCCCGGAUCCAGCCUCCCCGCAGACACGCAGGACAGCAUGAAGGACACACUCGUGGCGAUCCGGAAGACCCUUGUGGACCAGGGUCCGUGUCACCUGGAGCUGCAGACGGCUCUGGAGAAAAUCGCUGUUUCCCAGCAGAAGUUGGGAGACAAGUUAACCACGUUCUACCUCCCCAACUGCGACAAAUACGGCUUUUACAAACCCAAACAGUGCGAGUCGUCCCUGGACCGGCGGGCGGGCCGAUGUUGGUGCGUUAACUCCUGGAACGGGAAAAGGACGUUGGGAACCGCCGAGCUGCCGGCGGACGCCGAGUGUCCCUGAAGAGAAAAUAAAGAGAUUAGAGAUUAAAGAUCUCACAAAAAGACACAAAAAAAGAGAAGAAGAAGAAGAAGCAGCAAGCCACUGAUUUAUUUUUGUUCCUUUUUCAUGGGUGUUUUUUAUUUAUUGCUCUUGUUAUUGAUCCUGGUGUGUUUGAUUCCGGUACCGAGGGGCCCGUGGCCCCCCCUGGCCCCCCCUUACUACGUCCUUAUCAAACACCCGGUCCAAAGAAAAGAGAAAAAAAUCUAUUUUUGUUUUUCUGAAGAGGAGAUUUUAAUAUUGAUGCAUUUAUUUCUACUCUUAAGCCUUAUUUAUUAUCAAUUUAUUACACUUCAUUUGUUAUUUGUGAUCAUUCAUUAAUAUUUAUAUCUUUUUUGCCUUAUUGUUAUUUUUAUAUUAUUUUUAAGCAUGUACAGAGUGUAUAUUUUUAACUGAGCUGAGCUCUGCCCUUAAACGAGUUUUGUGGAGGUUUUGGUUCGUGACGAACCAACGAGAACAAAAGCACUGAGUGACCAAACGUCAUUUAAAGUAUUUCUACAUGAACUCACGACUCAUUUCCAGGUUUUGCCAUUUGUUACGUCCUCUUGUUUUUCAUUGUUAUCCUUUUUUUCUGUGCUUUUGUCAGCAAAUGCAAAACUCAGUCAGAAACCUUCUGCUAGCAUGCAGCUAGCGCCUCACACGGGUAUUUCUGCAUCAACUACCUCUGAUAUUUAAGUGUCUUCUCUCAGUUCUGUUAAUGUUUCUCUCUAAAGAAAAAAAAGACAAAGUCUUGCUUGUUUCUAUGUUUCUGUUCUGGUUCACCGAGAAACCACGACCAUAAAGCGAGUCCUGUAGCGUAGCCUGUAGCGUAGCCGCGGCUGUAGCUAACGUGGCUAAUGCGGCUAACGUGGCUAACGUGGCUAACGCGGCUAACAGGAUUGCUAAAUGCUGCUGACGGAGAGAGACAAUUAUACAUGUGAGUCUUUUCCAAAGUGACUAAACUUGUUCACUUGUGUGUAUGUUAUACUUUUGUAAUUGAGAUGUAAUGUAAGAAAAAAAGGUGAUAUAUUUAAUAAAAACAUGAACCUGA